AUUUUGUUUUAUUUGUGUGUGUGUGUGUGUGUGUGUGUGUGUGUGUGUGUGUGUGUGUGUGUGAAAUUAUGCCGUGUGUGCUACGAAUAUUGCAUCAGAGAACUAGUAAAACUAUAUGUAAGAGUUGUGUAUGAUUUUGAUAAGGCCUUCAGCUCUUCCGUGUCUUUCUAUAACCAAACAGACGAGUGAUGUACAAUAAAACAUCGCAAAAUGAUCUCGAAAGUCUUGGCAAUCAUUCGGACAAGGUUUUGAUGGAGGCGCUGAGUCUCAUCGUUCAACCAUGGAAACGGGGCACACACUCCAACUGACAGCUGCAACACUGCAUCUCGCUGUUGUUUUCACCAUUUUCAGAUGGUUUAGUGUCUUCGAAAAAGUCCGUUAGCAUCAAAGAGGAGGAGUACCGCUACAACAGAAGAGAAGCUCCGAUAUAUCAAAAUUUCUGAAGGAAGCUGCUGACAGAGAUGUGGGAAACAUAGCAGUAACACUUCUACAACAGAAGAGAAGCUCCAAGAUAUCUACAUUUCUGAAGGAAGCUGCUGACAGAGAUGUGGGAAACAUAGGUUUCCCAUCCCAGUGUUACUACAGCUUGGAUCCAGCCUCACUUGUGGUGACUUCAGAUGAAGACCCAGAUGAUGGCAACUAUAGAUGAACAUACCAACCUGACAAAUGUUAUGUAUUGUAAUCAUUGCCUUAAAGCAUACGUUGAGUGAUUUUCAACCCACUUUGUAUUGUUACUAUGAUGGUUAUAUAUGUGAAUGAACAAUGUUUAAUCUUUCUCUGAGUUCCAUGAGAUAUUCCCAUUUAUUUGUCAGCCAAAUAUUAUUUUGCAUUAUCCGAAUAAUGUUUAUUUACAUAUUACAGACUUUGUGACAGUAUAAAGUGGAUUUAAAUUCCCUGAACCUACCCUUUAAUGGUUGUCCCUUUAACUGAACAUGACUUUGAACACAUAACUUGUAUUAUCUUAGAGUUAUUGACAUAUAGACAUUAAUUUGUUGUCAGAAGAUGCUCCCCAUUGAGUCACAGUCACCUCAGGCUGUUGAUAGGAAUUUUUUUUUUUUUAAUGCGCAGCUGUUUGUGGUAUAGCUUACCGGACUUCCAAUUCGUAACGUGACAUGUGUUUAAAUCGGACUGAUGGGGCAGCAGGUGCUCUUAUGUGGUGUCACGCCAUCCCAUAGGUUUCGGUCAGCCUGCAUGGAUGUGAGAAAGAGAUACUGGUUUAAGGAUAAGAUAUAAGGACAAGAGAUAGUUCUUAAAAUUCAAGGUGAUUUAUUAUUAUAGCCAGUUCUGUCAAUGCAUUUUAGAUGUCUAAAAUAAAAUUACAUCGCUAAAGGGGUCAAUAAAUGAGUAAUAAUGAGAGGAAAAUAUUGUAACAAAAUACCACUCACACACACACACACAUUCUAGUGACUGUAUUCUCAGCAUUAUAAUGAAAUAAAGAAUUAAAAACGUAGCUUAAGGAAUAAAAUAAAUAUUGCAAUAAAAAACUUUGAGUGUAAUGAAAACGACUUGCAUUUUCAGAGAGGAUGUGAAAUUACAUCUUUACACAUUAACAGUACAUCCUGAAAUAAAAGGAAUGCAGAUAGUUGAAGCUGAGUGCAGAGUUUCUCACAGAAGUAAAACGAGACGGAGGGGACACAUAUCCGACUUGAGCGGGAACCGCGUGUUUAAAACACAGACAAAGGUAACUCAGUGAAGAGCAGUGCAACAGUUGCAGUCACAGCUGGCAUCCGUAGCCACAGCUGUCCUGCCAUUAGAAACACUUGUUUGCUACAGAGAGCGAACGCUGUGCCACGUUUCAUGAGAGAACAUGGGAUCGAUUCAGCUCUUAUAUGUUUUUAUCUAUGUUAUCAAUUUUUGGAAAGUAUCCAUAAAGACGCUUAGCUAUUCAUUUAAAUAAGUUUGAUUCAUAAAAAAUAAAAUAAACCAAUAAAAGAUCAUUGCAAUACUUAUUAAAUAUUCUAAGAAAUCAAUAUAUAGAUCUUCUUGACAUAUUCUAUUAUUACUAAUAUACACACACACAUAUAUAUAUAUAUAUAUAUAAUUCUUAUAAUGUUUUAUUUUUAGUUAAAAAAUCGAUGUCUUCCUUUAGUUAAAAUGACAUUUUUAUCAUAUCAUACUAAGAAAAAUCCUAGCUGACAUUUGAUACCCCAACAGGAUCCUCCCAACAUGGAACUGUUCCAUAUAAACUGACUUGGACUAUGUCUAAAUCUCAUUCAACAGUGAACAUACUAGUCAAGUCAAGUCACCUUUAUUUAUAUAGCGCUUUUACAAUACAGAUUGUGUCAAAGCACUUAACAGUAUCAAAUUGGAGGACAGAGUGUCAGUAAUGUAUAAUGAUAAGAUUAAACACUCAAUUUUCAGUUAAAGGCAUUUCAUUAUUGAAUUCAGAGAUGUCAUUGUCUAGCUCAGUUUAGUUUAAAUAGUGUCUAUGCAAUCAAAUCUGCGAUAAUCGCUAGAAAUUAAGUGUCCCCAACUGAGCAAGCCAGAGGCGACAGCGGCAAGGAACCAAAACUCCCUCUGUGACAGAAUGGAGAAAAAAACCUUGGGAGAAACCAGGCUCAGUCGAGGGCCAGUUCUCCUCUGACCAGACGAAACCCGCAGUUCAAAAGUUUAUAUUUCUAUUUUAAUUUUGUUGCAAUUUCUAACAAUAGUAGUAUUAUGUAGUUAGGUAUUUUAUUAUAUUUUAGUUAUUUUGGUUGAUAUAUCUAGGGAUAUAUCUCUGGGGGUCAUCUGGGUGUCCUGGUCUCCGCUGAGGAUCAGGGCUGUAGACAUCAUCUCUUGGUGCUGAUCCACCAUCUGAUCGGAUACGGACUGAGAAACAGACUAGGAAAGAAACAGACAAAUAUUAGCGUAGAUGCUAUUCAACUUACGAUGUAACGAGUACAUCGUGUGUUAUGGGGAGUGUUCCCGGUUCCGGUUGAUCUAAUUAAUGCAGCCUAACAAUCCUUUAACGGAUUUGAAUAAUAGAAGCGUAUUAAUGCGUUAUGUGUAAGCCAGGCUAAAGAGAUGGGUCUUUAAUCUAGAUUUAAACUGACAGAGUGUGUCUGCCUCCCGAACAGUGUUAGGUAGAUUGUUCCAGAGUUUGGGUGCUAAAUAGGAAUAGGAUCUGCCGCCCGCAGUCGAUUUUGAUAUUCUAGGUAUUAUCAAACGGCCAGAGUUUUGAGAACGCAGCGGACGUGGAGGACUAUAAUGCGAUAAGAGCUCGCUCAAGUACUGAGGAGCUAAACCAUUCAGGGCUUUAUAAGUAAUUAACAAGAUUUUAAAAUCUAUCCGAUGCUUGAUAGGGAGCCAGUGCAGUGUUGAAAUACUAAGAUUUUAAUCUUUUUUUUGUUUUAUUUUUUAUCACCCGUGGCUGAGAUGGACAUACCAAAUAACUGGCAAAGGCCUAUUGGGCUUGAAUUUAUUGCUUUUGAAGAGAUCGACCAAUAUCCGGCUGCAACAAUAUCAGAUGUCUGCGGAAACGGCUUCGCAGACCAUAUAAAUCAGGCGCCUGGAGAGGCAUCCAGCUGCAGCCCCGCGGACUCACUUCUUGCUAGACACCAGUAGCUGGACACCAGUGGAUGGACAGCAGACGUCAUUUCCGUAUCGUCAUUCACUUUUCAAAUUUGACGCGCCAUGCAGAUGUCAGCGGCUGACCGAAACCUAUGGGAUGGCGUGACACCACAUAAGAGCACCUGCUGCCCCAUCAGUCCGAUUUAAACACAUGUCACGUUACGAAUUGGAAGUCCGGUUAGUGUAUGAGGCUGUCACAUGAUGAACGAACGACUCAAACCCGAUGACUCAAAACAGGUGCGUUUGCUGUUGACAUUAAGUCAGUGAUGGAGGGAGAAUCUGUCCUUUUACACUCUGAUGUUACUGAAAUACAUGAAGACGAUGACAUACUGUGGAAAUUUGGAAAGGAAGACUCUCUCAUUGCUAAAAUCAAUAGAGAAAAACAAAUCUUCUCCAUAUUUGAUGUUCCUGAUGGGAGAUUUAGAGACAGACUAAAGCUGGACAAUCAAACUGGAUCUCUGAUUAUCACAAACAUCACAACUAAACAUGCAGGACUUUAUCAGCUAGAUGUAUUUGGAGCUGAACAUUCAUCAAAAGUAUUCAGUGUUUCUGUCUAUGCUCGUCUGCCUAUUCCUGUCAUCAGCAGUAAAUCUUCAAACUGUUCUUCAUCUUCAUAUUGUUCAUUGUUGUGUUCAGUGUUGAAUGUGGGUCAUGUGACUCUCUCCUGGUACAAAGGAAACAGUUUAUUGUCCAGCAUCAGUGUGUCUGAUCUCAGCAUCAGUCUCUCUCUACCUCUGGAGGUGGAAUAUCAGGAUAAAAACACCUACAGCUGUGUGCUCAACAAUUCAUUCACUAACCAGACCACACAUCUCAACAUAGCUGAACUCUGUGGGCCAUGCUAUGUCAGUGCUGAUAUACUAGAUCAGAGUCUGCCUUCAUUUAAUAUGAUGCUGAUUUCUGCUGCUACAGCUGCUGGAUCUCUGUUGAUUGUUGCCGUGACAUGCCUCAUUUGCAAGAAAUGUAAAAAAACAGUCCAGACACAGGAAGAAGACAGAACUGAUUCAGCCUUGUGUAAACCAAAAUCACAAAAAGCGGUUUCUGACCCCAAGACUCAAGUAAUCUCUCUCCAGCUGUUAUCCUUGAAGAGUCUUUGGCCACUCAAACUCUCCUCCUCACUGUGCAUUAGGACGAUAUAGACACACGUCCUCUUUCAGGCAGAUAUUUUAAUAUCUUUAGUUGAUUGGAACCUCUUAAUUAUUGCCCUGAUGGUGUAAAUGGGGAUUUUCAAUGCUUUAACUCUUUUCUUACAGCCACUUUCUAUUUUGUGAUGCUCAACAGACUUGUUCUGCACAUCAGAACUACAUUCUUAGGUUUUACUCCUUGUGAUGGAUGAUUAAGGGAAUUUGGCCUUUGUGUUCUUCAUAUUUAUAAUCCUGUGAAACAGGAAGCCAUGGCUGGACAAUUUCAUACUCCUAAUCACCCUGUUGUGCUAAAAAAUGUAAAUAUGUAUGGGAAUAUACUUCAGAGAUAUUUUACUCAUAAUAAUUUAUAGGGGUGCCAAUAAUUGUGGCCAACAUUCAUUGGAGAAAAACAUUUAUUUCAUCAUGAGAUUUUUCCCCCCACUUUCAAUUGUUUUACUUCAAUGAUAGAUUAGAAUUUUGUGAAUUUUUUUGGAGUGAAAGAUCAAAAGGAUAAACAAUGCAGAUUUAUUUUCACAGCCGCCUUUGCUCAUAUUUAUCAAGGGUGCCAAUAUUAGUGGAGGGCACUGUAUGGAAAAACUGGGGGGGGAACUGUAACAAUUGGCCUUUGACUUAAUGUAAGUUUCUUCUGUAACUGUGUAUUUAAAACAAAACACAUUAUUUGUAACAAAGGAAGCUAAAAUUAAAGGUGAUCAGGUGGUUAUGGCUGUUCAUCAUCAUAAAAUGGCUAGAUUCACUGAACUCAUCCAAGGUCUGCUCACUGUUCAUCUAAAGUGUUUUGUCAUUAAUAAAUUAAAAUUUUGAAACUGUGCAUCUCAUGCAACCGUUUCAAAAGUCAUAUGAUGUAUAUGACUUCGAUGUAUGAUGUUAUUUCCUCUAGCUGUUGUUCUUGUGCUGUUUUGUUGAUGCUACAGUUGUAAAUUUGAAAUAAUCAAGACACAUUCAGAUAAACAUACAGUUAAAUAAAUAAUAAUAAAUAAAAAUAAAAAAUUCUGCUCAAUAUAGUGGAAAUGGUCUGCAAUUAAUUUGCACUCUGAGUGAAUUUGAAGCAAAUUUCUAUUAAUAGUUUCUAAAACAUUGCAUCUGCAGAAUCCUGAUUGA